CUUCAGGUUUUCAUGAAGUAACUUUAUGAAUGGGCUCGUAUGAUACAAAUAGCAGGGGGCUGGGCUCUGACCCAGGAGGUCCCUUCCAGGCCUAGUCAAAAAGGCUGAGGGUUUAUUAGCUUUCCCUCGCAUGCCUUUGGAUGGCCGCUUAAGCAGCUUUUGCUCUCCUGCCUUGAUUUACACGGUCAGCCAGGACUUGGAUCUCAAAUCAAGUCAGCUCCUCUAGCUGUGAUCCGGCCUGGGGUGACGUUGAAGAUUUUGGAUCUUACAGUUGCUCGAGCUCCCGCCACCAGGAGGGGAGGGCGUGGGUGGAAAAAUGCCCGACCGCGACAACUACAACAAUGGCAGUAGCAGCGACGAGGCGGGCGCCAACUCCGACGACAUCUGCCGCGACUUCCUGCGCAACGUCUGCAAGCGCGGCAAGCGCUGCCGCUUCCGGCACCCCGACAUCAGCGAGGUCACCAACCUGGGCGUGCGCAAGAACGAAUUCAUCUUCUGCCACGACUUCCAGAACAAGGAGUGCGUGCGCCUCAACUGCCGCUUCAUCCACGGCACCAAGGAGGACGAGGACUAUUACAAGAAGACGGGGGAGCUGCCCUUGCGUCUGCGCCAGAAGGUGGCGGCUGGGCUGGGCCUGUCCCCGGCGGACUUGCCGAACAGCAAGGAGGAGGUGCCGAUAUGCAGGGACUUCCUGAAGGGCGACUGCCAGCGGGGAGCCAAGUGCAAGUUCCAGCACUUGCAGCGGGAGUACGAGUACGACGCCCGGGUCAUCGCAGCCCGGGACCCCGGCAUCGCCACCACCGUGCGCCGCUACGACCCCUACGACGUCAUGUACAACCCCGACCGCUACGACGACCACGACCCGGUGCUGAAGCGCAGGCGGGUGGAUGGGCUGCACUUCGAAACCUACGAGUACAGCUUCACCAGCCCGCGCACGGUGGAGUACCGGCUCCUGGAGGAGGAGAACAUCAUGCUGCGCAAGCGCGUGGAGGACCUCAAGAAGCAGGUCAACAACCUGCUGGCGACCAACGAGGUGCUGCUGGAGCAGAAUGCCCAGUUCCGGAACCAGGCCAAAGUCAUGACUCUCAGCUCCACGGCCACGGCCACCGAGCAGACCCUGGCCCCGACGGUGGGCACUGUCACCAAUUAUAACCACAGCAUCGCCCAGACCCACACCACGCUCAGCAGCCAGGCCCUUCAGCCACGGCCCGUCACCCAACAGGAUUUGGUGGCUCCGGCCGGAGCGCAGGCAGCGCCCCCCACCAACGCAGCGCCCCCCAUGAACCCCGAAAUCACCCCGCUCUCGGCUGCUCUGGCUCAGACCAUCGCCCAGGGCAUGGCUCCUCCGGUCUCCAUGGCGCCCGUGGCGGUGUCAGUGGCGCCUGUGGCAGUUUCAAUGGCACAGCCGCUGGGAGGUAUCACCAUGAGCCACGCCACCACGCCCAUGGUGACGUACCCCAUCGCGUCGCAGAGCAUGAGGAUAACAGCCAUGCCACACUAACCGCCCACAAAGGGCCCCACGUACCGCCAUGGGUCCGGGCUGUUCGGAGCUGCCCCCGGCAGGCGGAAGGGCUCCGUCCUUUGGGGAGACUGGAACCGAGAAGGGAGAGAAUUGAACGGAAACCCUUGGAAACCUCUCUCCCUUGCGGGAGAGGCCUUUUAGGGGAUGGGUUUUCCACCCUGCAGGCGAGUGACCUGGAUUUCCCUUAACCUCUAGCAACACACGUGGUCUUCCACAAGGCAGCAGAAUUCAGGGAUGAAGGGCUUUAAUGCCACAUGAUUCGAAGGGUACAGUAACCUCCGAGCCUUUGCCCGUCACUUGUAUCUUUGCCCAAAUACCUGCCCCUCCGUAGCCCUGCGAGUUCAGGAACUCAGUCUAUCGCCCGGCUAUGGCAGUAUCAUUUCACUGACAGGACACACCAGACUGGAGGCUGUAGGGUGGGAGCUUGGGUCCCCUGACUUGCUGUUCUCUAGUAGGGAUUCUGCCUGAGCCCCCUGGGAAGCCCGGGAGUAUCAGGGAAGCGAGACCCUGGGGACAGCGCCUCCCCCAGAGCUGGCAGAAAGGCUGGGUCUGUCUGGCAGCCUCUCCUAGGGGGAAUGGCCCUGGGGCAGCUUUGCCUGGUGAUGAAAUGGUUAAAUCCCAAAUAGGAUUUGGGCUUGUGUGUAAACUCAGCCCUGUUGCUUUAAAAGGGGGCAACACAACCUAGACUCUAGGAAACUGUCUCUACGGUGGCCUUGAGAGCAUCCCUGUUCCAGUCACCCCCCAGGGAGAGGGUGGCGCAUUCCUAGGACCAUCUGAAUCCCGGAGGGGGGUGUUCACCAAUUCCAGCAGACGUUGUUGCUGAAUUGCUCAUAAACCCCAGGGUUGGAAAUAAACCCAGCCGCGGCCGUGGGGCGCUAGUUAAAACGUGAUAGCGUCUGACCCCGCUUUGCCUCGCAGCUCAUGGGGUGGGGAUUGCCUUCUGCUGGAGGUCGUGGGUUGAAAUAAACUCCUCUCUGUUGCUUUAUGAAUUGGCAGGGCUCCUCCGGUCACCUCCCGCGGCAGAGCAGCUCGCUGAAAGGAGACCAGAGUUGGGCAGCGAUCCUGCCAGGUCCCUGAGCACCCUCAGACCCGCUCAUCAGUUCCCUCUGGAGCUGUUGGCACUGGCAAAUGUGAGCAAAUCCACCCGUGCCCUGAGCACCCCUCACACCCUUCGCCAUCCACCAGCCACUUCCGUGCCUGAGCCUCCCCACCCCGAGACUUCCAUCUGCCUCUUACGGCCACUUUCUCUGUUCCCCCAUUCACACGUCCUCAAAGCAACCUGGUUCAAAGAGACCCCUCCCUCCCUCCCUCCUAUGCUGUAUUUUUGUUUCUAAAACCGAAGCUCACCAGGGGUCUAGAGUAGGUUUUGCGUAGUUCUGUCUGGGUUUGAGAACUUAAAGAGGAGGAGAAUGCUUUACAGACGGAGCUCUUUCUACGAGCGCUGAACUUUGUAAGUCUAGCAGUUUAGUUCUGUGACUGCAGUGUAAAGUUUUCAGCUAUUAAAGGAGAACGUACAGCC